AGACACGAGAGACUGGAAGGGAAAAAAAUGAAAUUUCACGAAACGACCGCGGGAAGUCGCAGCAAUUGCACGACUGGUUAUUAAAACGAAAAAAGCGAAUUACGAAGUACGUACCUAUCACACACCUGCAACAACCCCUACGAUGCUGCUUGAACGCUGGCUUUCUUCUCGUGAGGACCAACCGAAAAUGCUUCAGACGACGCAGAAGCCAAGGGCAACUCCAGAGCCGAUCGAACGAGAGAAAUGCGAGCCGCUUUCCAUUGAGGAAGAAAAAUCGUGCCAAGAGAUGCUAAAGGAAUGCGAGAUGUUUCGCAGUCUUUCCGGCAACCAAAUCAAGACGCUUGCGAAUAGCAUGAAUGUUCGAUCUUUCAAACGCAACGAAAUCAUUGUCGAUCAGGGGAGCCCAGUCACCUCAUUUUACUUAGUGAAGGACGGAGAAAUACAUCGUGACUUCAUCGAUCCAGACUCUGGCCGGCGACACAGAGUGGAGUUCGAAAUAAAGGCCAAGUCCAUCAACACAAUGAGCAUUUUGGGCGCCAAUCUUGCUCACAAUACCGUCAAAUGCAACAGCAACUCGUGCAAGAUAUACGAAAUGCCUCGCCAGCGGCUUCUGAAUAUUCUCAUUAACAAAGAGCCAGAAAUUAGUGUAGGCAUUGCCGAAUCGCUCUCGGGUCAUGUGCGGCAAGUUUCAAAAAAAUACCGUACCCCUCUACUAGAGCAGAAACAACAAAUCAUUCAAAGCAUGCCAGCGGUAAUGAUAGCAGCAGGGAUUGAAUCGUAUUACAGAAGCGCACUCAACGCGCAGGUAAACCGAGUUCUUACUGGGGUCAAGGCUGAUCUCUUCCCCAACAUGCACAUCCAGGUACCAAUGCGGGUAGCCUACAUCGCAGGAUUCAAAGGAUUAAGGGCAUACAUGGAUCGAUACAACGAGCUAGAAGAACCCGUCGAAUCCAUCCAGAAUAACGGCACAAGCAGGACUAUCACUGUAGAAAACGAAACUGAUACCACCAACCGCAAUUUUUGGAGACGGUUGGGCAUCACGAUAGCACCAGGUGUGAUCAUGACACCAUUGUCCAGUGUUUUAGAAGCAAGUAAUGCUGGGCAUAUGAACAAGGAGCCUAUGACAACUCGGUGGAUGCGGGGUAUCACAGCGAGGUGUGGAAGAGAAAUUCUUUUUGGGCUUGGCUUGAAUCAAAUGAGCGACUAUUUUCAGGAGCGGCUUCAUUUUGAUAACAGGCCGAUGCUGAGCAACAUGGUUGGGAGUUUGAUGGGCGGCGUGGUAAGCGGCUAUCUGAGCCACGUGCCACACAACAUGUCGACGUACAAGCUAUUAGAACCGCAUCGAUCGUAUCUCGAUUUAUACAGAAAUGUUUUUGUCGAACGGAGUGUCCCACCUUUCUUGGAACGAUAUUUGGCCCGUCAGGGUACUGGCGCUGCUGUUGAUGGUGGUGCUGCUACUAUUGUGACCUAUAGCAACAGCCAACAAGCUGUGCGCUUCAUGGCUGCUACAAUAUUUCCUAGAGGCCUGAUGGUGCGAACUGUACAAAUUGUUGGGUCGUUCAUCAUUCUGAAUGGGACGAUAAAUUAUUUUACCUUGUUACAGCAAUCGCAGUAAGGAAAGGAAAAUUUCAAAUUGUAAACCUUUUGGAUCGUUCUCUGAUGCUCAUCACGCACGAGAGCCUGCGUUUGUACUUGACAGAAGCCCCAAAGAAAGAAAAUACUUCGCAAUCGGUACUAAACGAUAGCAGGUUUUGAUAAGUUUAAAUGCGUUGAAGAUGGAGUUGCACUCUAAUUCUAUCCUUUAAUAGCUAAGAAAAGAUACGAAUUCCACAUUGGAUUUUUGCUUCAGGUGAGAAAGUCUUGUCGGAUACUACUAAAAAACAAAAUGAAAUAAACUCGAAUUAUGAAUAUGAUUGGAUUUUUACUUAUGAUGAUUCAAUAAUAAAUCUACAAUUGCAUACCCCAUGCACUUUGGCAAAGGGUUAUCGUAUUCCCCACCCAGAUCCGUAAAUCUUGUCAACACUUCCAUUUACCUCUCACUUUCAAUCAUUGAAUAGUGAAAAUGUUCGACAAGGCACUCAAGUGCAACCAUAAGAUCUUGAAUGGUUUUCGUCGCGAAUUCUUUGAUACUUUCUCCMAAACCCUUCAUCAUUGACUUGUUCCACUUUUGUGUUUUGCAUUCGAAAAAAAAAGAGCGAAGUCAACAUGAUUAUGGGAAUUGAUGCAUGCGUGAAGAGAGGCGGCGUUUUAUUCGCUCGAUCCACUUACUCAAUUUAAGUAUAAUUGAAAUAAUACUGUACACUCCGCUCUAUCGCAGCGGAUUAUCUUUCUUUUCAACACACGUCGCCCAUCUAUCUUUUAUCGGACUAGUCAUUUUAACUCAACAAAAAGGGACUAUUGUUGCUGGUUUGAUCGGCGCUAGGUCCCGAAUCCAUCAAGAAAUAGAGAUUCUCCUCGUCGAUGUUGAGGGUAUCUUCCACCUUAAAUGGCUCGAUACGGCACUCGAUAGGAAAUUCGAAAGGGCCAGUAUUGACCACCCUCAUGACGUUUGUCAAGAUUGGAUCCGGUAAUUCCAGAACGCAGAAAAAGGGCCGUGCUUUGCCGUCUUCCGUUGAUAUCUCCAUUACCUGCUUGACGUUGUUGGGACCCUCCAGAAUUUCGAUUCGGGCGUUGAUUGGAUUCUUCUCGCUGGUGAUCAAAAUCUGGACUCUCUGGAUAUUAGACUCUAACGGGACGACGUACGUCGCACCGUCACCCUGUACGGUUUUAGGGCGCGCCCUGUCCCAGAGUUGCUGCAGGGUGAACUUUGCAAGCUGGUUACCGUAGCCCUGGCCACUUCCAUCGAGGUGGUUGCCGUUCUGGUACAUAUCGGCUUCCACGCACGCCUUCAUGGGAAACUCACCCUCUCCAGAGUUUUUAACGGCAAUAGCCGUGUGGCCGUUGUAGGGUGUGGCAAUAAAGGCGCUCAGCGGCCGCGUAUCACCGUUUUCACUAUAGACAGAUAUUUUUUGUGGCGCGUUCUCUCCCUGCCAGAGCUCGAUAUCCGCUUUUAAAGGCCGCCCCUCCGUUUUGAGCAGGACCUGAACAGCCUCAAGGCGCUCCGAAUUAAAGUCCCAGGUUUUGAGUGACGCACCCUGGAUGGUUUGUGGAGCGUCAGUUUCCCAAAUGUUUUUCACCUCUACUGCGGGAGAGACGAUGGGAUCGGUUGCCAAUGUUAUGGCACCAGCUGGUGACUGUGGCACUGGAGUGGCAAUAUCUAUAACUCUGUCCUGCUCAUCUCGGAACGGAGUAAAAUCGUAAGGAUUUGCAAUGACUUCCGGCUCGGCAUACUGGGGGUACGCCAGGUCCGGAAGACCUUCCUCCAUGUAUAGUUCGGUUUGGUAGUCUUCCUCUGCCAACUGGUCCUGCCGUACCGGAAUGUCAAAGGAAGGCUCAGGAAUGACAUCGGAGGCAAAGGGGAAGGGUUGUUGUUGUUGUUGUUGCUGCUGCUGUUGUUGAUACGUUGUUGUGGGGUAAUUCUGUUCAACGUCCACACCGCUGUCCUCACCGUACCCACCUAAAUAGGAAAAGGAGUUGAGUACUACAGCUUGUUCGAACGAGGGACGGGGGCCGUCAAAGCAAUAUACGAUGCUUCGUUGCGGAUGUAUAAAGAAUGCUUCCGUGG